UACUUGUGCCGCUCCCAUCGCCCAUCAGGAAGUGUUUAGGUCAGUGUCUCUCUCUCUCUCGUUUGAGUGGAAUCAGCUGCAUGUUUGCUUCCCAGCUCAUCACAUUGUAGGGGCAGCAGAUGACAUUACCGAAGUACCGAGCCUAUACGGUAGAAAGGUGUUGCAGUCCAUUUGGCCAACCGUUUGUUUAUUCGUUUGGUAUCCAGCUUAGCUUUCGACACUGCACCGUUGGAUUUGGGACCCGGAGAGUUACUCAUCAGACGGAGAAGACUAUUGACUGACCCGAGCAAGUGAAAUCACACCUUAGUUGCCUUUAUUUGAGGUUGUCAAGUCUUCUCAUUACCGUCGGUGCACGCUAAGCAUGCUGGGAUUGGACUGAGGCAUCAUGGACCCUGAGGAGGCGGAGCUGCUCAACGACUACCGUUACCGUAGUUACGCGGCGGUCAUCGAGAAGGCGCUGCGGAACUUUGAGUCGUCGAGCGAAUGGGCUGACCUCAUUUCCUCUCUGGGCAAACUCAACAAGGCCCUGCAGAGUAAUCUCAAGUACUCCCUAUUGCCACGGCGCCUGAUCAUCGGGAAGCGUCUGGCCCAGUGUCUGCACCCCGCCCUGCCCAGCGGCGUCCACCUCAAGGCCCUCGAGACCUACGAGAUCAUCUUCAAGAUCAUCGGCACCAAAUGGCUGGCCAGGGAUCUCUUCAUCUACAGCUCGGGGCUGUUCCCUCUGCUGAGUCAUGCUCCCAUGGCGGUGAAGCCGGUGCUGCUGGGGCUGUACGAGCGUUACUUCCUCCCCCUCCAGAGGGCGCUCUUGCCCAGCCUACAGGCCUUCGUCAUGGGCCUCCUGCCCGGCCUGGAGGAGGGUCUGGAGGUCUACGACAGGACGGAUGCGCUGCUGUGCCGCCUGGGUGUGCUGGUGGGUCAGCGUGUUCUGUACGGGGCGCUGUGGGGCUCGCUGCUGGUGUGCCCGCUGGUCCGCCUGCCCGCCACACACUUCAUCGUGUCCCACUUCGACCGCAUGGCAGCGCCACGCCUACAGAGAGACAUGCUGGGCACAGACCACAGGCUGGUGGUGAAGUCUACCUGUCUGUCUCUGCAGGACUCUAAUGUUCUGGUGCAGCGGAACAUGCUGGAGAUCCUCCUCUACUUCUUCCCCUUCGCCACAUGCCUGGACCCUGCAGAGGGCGCCAUCCCCCUGAGCAGAGAGGACAUGAUCACUGUGGUGUCUGCUGCCGCUCUCACACUGCUCCGCAGGGACAUGUCCCUCAACCGACGUCUCUACGCCUGGAUACUAGGUACAGAUAUUAAGGGAGGAAUGGUGGCUCCUGAUCCAUCCCAGUCCACCACGUUAGAGGAGCACACUGCCUUCUACUUCAACACACACUCCAGAGAGCUACUGGUGGAGGCUCUGGUGAGCAUUCUGAAGCAGAAGGAUUGCGAGUCAGACCCAGAGAAUGUUCUAGAAUAUCUCAAACCAUUCCGAGUCCUCAUCAGCCUGCUGGACAAGCCGGAGAUAGGUCCUGUGCUGGUGUCUGAUGUGCUGCUGGAGGUGGUGAGGGCCUUCCACUGCUACUGCAAGGAGACGCUGGGGGAGGAGAGCCUCAACUCCAGCACCUCAUCCCACCACAUCACCAGUAAGAUGAAAGAGAAUAAGAUCACCUCAGAGAUCAUAAAAACCGCCAACAUGUUGUUCAGCUCAGUGAGCCCAGACUACCUGUGGGAUUACCUCACCAAACGCUUUCACACCUGCCUCAGCUCCUCUGCAUCAGUAGCUGAGUCUAAGAGCUGGAGCUCUCCUCCCUCUGUGGCUGAACUCUCAACCCUCAUCAUAUUUCUGCUGGAUGUCAUACCACUGGAGUUGGACUCUGACAUCCAGACUCACUUCCUGCCGCAGAUGCUGAGCAGCAUGCUCCACUCGCUCCGCAGUCACAUGACCGCUCUGAGCCAAUCGGAGCUGACGCAUGCGCUGCAGGUGUGCUUCAAGGUGCUCAGUAAGAUCCAGAUCCCCAUGGCCUUCAUGGAUAUGGAGGCUGAGGCCCAGACACAGCUGGAGGAGGACGCCCCCGACCAGGGGGGAAAGAAGAACCGCGAGGGGAAGGAGGCAGGGUACUCACAGGCCGAUAGUAACCAUGGCAACGGGCCGGCGGAGCAGGUGGUGGUGGUCAUGAACGGAGACGGUGGUCAGGAGGCGGGGCCAGGAGAGGCGGUCUUCCCGCCCCUUCGCUCUGAAGACAGCGGAUUGGGCCUGAGUGCCUCCCCCUCCGAGCAGCACAUCCUCCCUGGCCGUGAUUGGUCAGAUCCGGCGAUGGGGGUGUGUCCAGAGAGAGAGGACGUGUGGAGGAAGGGCGGGAGUGUGGAGAGCAUCACACACAGUGUGCAGGAGAUACUGGCAGCAGUCAUCAACAGGUACCUGCUAUGUGUGGUGGAUGAUGACCAGGGGAAGGCCGCAGCAGCAGGUCAGCCCGAUCAGGGCGCUCCCUCCCCGGGCAGGAAGGGCUCGUCUCCCGGCCGCCACCGCGGGGGCUCCAGGGACCUGGUUCACAUCUCCAUGCCUCAGAUCAAAGACCGGCUGGCGGAGAUCUUCACCCCACACAGCAGGCUGGUGCGGCGCACCCCCUCCACGGAGAGCGACGGGGCGGGGGCCGGCCAGGGGCGCAGCCAGGGGCGGAGCUGGGUGUCCGGCUACACCCCCCGCUCCAGGUCGGAGGUCACGGAGGCGGGGCGACAGGCCUUCACCGCCGCGUGUCAUCUCAUGCUGGAGAGCACCACCUUCCCUCUUUACCUGAGUCAGGAGGAGAACACACACCUGUAUGAGCACAUGUUCAACAGCACAGGCACUGAAAAGGGCACCUUACCUGAGUGGCUGAGGGCCUUGAUGGCCUUGUGCUGUCUGUCAAAGGACUACCAGGUGCAGCACGUGGCCAUCUCCUCCCUGCUGGAGCUCAUCAACCACUCCCAGACGCUGGCGCUGGUCGUCAAGGACAAGACCAGGCGGGCACGCGCGGCUGGCGCCAGUCUCCAGAAGAACGGGCACCUGCAGAUGGUCACCGUGCCACCCGUCCCCCCCACCACACUCCGGGCCGUGGAGCAGAGGACCGACUUCUACCAGAGUGUGGCCCAGGUGUUGUGGUGUCAGCUGGACAGUGAGCGGCGGGAGCAUCACCUCACCUGUGUGGAGCUCUUCUACCGGCUGCACUGCCUGGCCCCCGCCCCCGCCGUCUGUGAGGACAUCAUCUGCUCGGGGCUGCUGCACAGCGACAAGACGGUGCGUUUGGAGUCCCUGCACAGGUUUUCUGUGGUGUGGCAUCUGACCCGUGAGAUGCAGUUCAGCAUGAGCCUAUCGCUGCACCGGAGCUUUGACCGGUGUUUGUUUGUGGUGCUGGACAGUCUAAACAGUGAGGACAGCUCCAUCAUUGCAGCGGGAGAGAGCUGGUUGCUACGGGCACUGUCACUAGGCGACGCUCUGCGCAUUCUAGAACCAGUUUUGCUUCUGCUGCUGGAUCCUAGAACCCAGAGAAUGUCCAUUCAGAAUGUCAAACAGGACCUCACCAUUGGUAAUCUGAAGGUGUUGAGCAACAGGGAGCGCCCCUCCUCUCACCACUCCCCAGGUCUCCAUGGAGACGCCACGGCAACCAAGGGCCAGUCAGAGCAGAGCGUGCUCAGCACCCUGAUCUCAGUGGACCGCCAGGCCCUGUGGGAGGAGCUGAACCGUGACCCAGAGCAGGAGCAGCCUUCCGAUUGGCCCGCGCUGUCUCGCAGCGGGAGCGAGGAGACGAGCGAGGAGGACGACGGAGCGAAGGAGGAAGACCGCGAGGAAGAGGAGGAGAGCGAGCACACCGAGUCGGCCGACACCAGCGGCGCCCAGGUCUCCACGGAAACCAACUCCAGCUCCACCUCCGGCUCCGGCUCCGCCCCUUACCUGCAGCGCCACGACGACCACGAGGACAACGCGGGAGCGGCGGGCGGGACCAACGGGGUGCGGCGGGUGGACUCGGCGCGCACGCAGGCCUCCGAUUCGCUGUCGAGCGAGGAGGAGGCGGAGCAGGAGGAGCUGGAGGCGAUGGCGCGGACCCGGCAGCUGCGGCGGCAGCGGGAGAAGCGGCAGGCGGCCGACUCGCUCUUCCAGCACGCGCUGCUCUACGCCGGCGCCCACGACCACGCCCGCCUGCUGCGCGCGCUCGGCAUGCUGGGAGCCCUGCUGGGCCCGGCGGGGGGGGUGCGCGGCGCCGCCCUGGUGGAGGCUCUGGGCUGCACGGCGCUGGAGUACUCGGGUCACCUCAGCCUGCUGCAGGACCUGCUGCUCCGACACAAGCAGCACCAGGAGGGGGGCAGCUUCUACGGGCCCAUCCUCACGGCACGCUCCCCCACCACCUCCCAGCCAGCGCCUUCAUCACCCACCUCCUCCUCCUCCUCCCUUCCGUCCAGCUCCUCUGCCGCUCCUUCUGUCCUGCUGGAGCUCCUCGUCUCGCUCUGCCUCUCCUUCAUGCGCUCCCACUACCCCAGCUACGCCGGCGUCGGCCCGCGCCAUCUCCACGGCAACCGCGCCGUGCAGGUGAGGAGCGCCGAGGUGCUGACGCGGCUGGCGGGCGAGCUGGUCGCCAUGGCGUCUGCGGCGCGGGCCGCGCCGGAGAAGGGCGAGGAGCGCGGGCGCGGCGUGUGCCGCCUGCUGGCCGACUGCAAGGUGCAGGAGUACGUGCUGCUCUCCCUGUGCGCCUCCAUGCGCUCCUGCCAGCGCGCUCACGCACACACACACGGGCACACACACACACACUCCGGCGCUCACACACACGCCGGCGCGGCGGCCGCCGCAGACGCCCUGCUGCUGGACCCCGAGGAGGGCGGGGAGGUGUCGGAGGAGGGCCUGGUGGACGUCGGGCGUCUAUCGGAGGCCGCCGCUCACGAGCGCCCCCUGCAGGUAGCCCUGCUCCGCCUGCUGCGCGUCCUCAUUGUGCUCGAGCAUCACGUGUGGCCUAGCAACCCGCGUGCCCAUCCCGUUGCCGGGGACAACCACUCGAAUCAGCACCACCACCACCACCCCCCGUCCGCCGCCGCCGCCGCCUCCUCUUCCCAGCAUGCACCUGGCUCCACGCUGGCCCGGGAGUGGCAGACGGCGGUGCUGUACCAGCAGUCCAUCCGGGCGCUGCAGUACGUCCAGAACCAGCCGCUGACGGCGCAGGGCAUGUUCGUGUCGGCGGCGGGCCGCGCCCUGCAGCCCCAGCACGGGCACAGCCUGCACCCGGCGUGGGUGGAGCUCCUGGGCGCCGCGCUGCCCUUCCUGGGCCGCUCCCUGGGCCUCAUCGCCGCGCCGCUGCUCAGCCAGAUGUGCCGGAACCUGGACGAGCUCGUCAGGCUGCACGAGCACGACGGGGUCAAGAACACACAGAGCUCCAGUCUGAAGAAGGAGAACAUUGCUCCCGAUUACCCGCUAACGUUGCUGGAGGGUCUUACAGACAUCACACACUACUGUCUGUUGGAGAGCAAGAAGUCCUCUCAGGGUUCUGAUGCUGCAGACAUACGGAACGCUCGUAACGCUGUGCUGGAGGAGUUUCCGCACAUGCUCAGUAGCAUGGCCCUGCUGUGGGGCGUGGUCAAGGGGGAGGAGUUUCAGCGCAGGGGCACAGACUCCACCCACUUCAGUUGUCACUCGGCCACCUCUGUCUACUUCAAGAACACCAAGGUUCUCAGGCAGAAGGUUCUGGACUUCCUGAUGCCCCUGACUGCGCUGUACGGGGUGCAGCUCAUGGCCUCAGUGGCGGCCGUGUGGAGCAGCAGGAAGACCAGGAAGAGACACAACAAGAACAAGAUCCUGCCUGAGGCCAGUGAUUCUCGUCUCACCAUAGUGCACCUUGUGAAGUCUCUGAGCUCCCUCCGAACAGACACCAUCCUACAGCUCGUCAAAGAGGUGGUCAAGAAACCUCACCAGAUUAAGGGGGACCAGAAGUCCAUUCUGGUAGACAUUCCCAUGCUUCAGUUCAGCUAUGCUUUCAUCCAGAGUCUGCCGGCCCAGUCUCUCCAUGACAACGUGGUUCCGCUCCUCACUCUGCUCAGGGAGUCGGCUCAGCUCAACCUGGCCCCGCCCGGACACUUCCUGCUCCUGGGCAUCCUGAAUGACUUUGUGAAUCGUCUCCCCAACAUCGACAACAAGAGAGACACCAGAGAACUUCAGGAAGUGACGCAGCGUAUCCUGGAGGCAGUGGGGGGUGUGGCAGGUUCGUCUCUGGAGCAGACCAGCUGGCUGAGCCGUAACCUGGAAGUGAAAGCCCAGCCACAGAUCUGCCUGCAAGAGGAGGACGACGACCCUGAGGACAGCGACCUCUACGACUCCGUGGGUCAGGCCAGUACUAUGGUCUCCUCCUCAGCUCCCUCCGUCUACAGUGUGCAGGCGCUGGCCCUCCUGGCAGAGAUCCUGGCUCCUCUGCUGGAUAUGGUGUACCGCAGUGAUGAGAAGGACAAGGCUGUGCCUUUGAUCUCGCGCCUCACAUACUAUGUGUUCCCCUACCUGAAGAACCACAGUGCCUACAACAUGCCUAGUUUCCGUGCGGGUGCCCAGCUCCUGAGCAGUCUGAGUGGGUACGCCUACACCAAGAGGGCCUGGAAGAAGGAGGUGCUGGACCUCUAUAUGGACCCCCUCUUCUUCCACAUGGACCCCAGCUGUGCCUGCCACUGGAGGGCCAUCAUUGACCACCUGCUCACCCAUGAGAAGACCAUGUUCAAGGACCUGAUGAGUAUGCAGAGCAGUUCUCUGAAGCUCUUCCCCAGCCCAGAGCAGAAGCCCAUGCUACUGAAGAGGCAGGCCUUCGCCAUGUUCAGUGGAGAACUGGACCAGUAUCACCUCUACCUGCCACUAAUACAGGAGCGCCUGACGGAGAACCUGCGCCUGGGCCAAACCCCAUCGGUGGCUGCUCAGAUGUUCCUCAUGUUCCGUGUCCUCCUGCUGAGGAUCUCCCCGCAGCACCUCACCUCUCUGUGGCCCAUCAUGGUCACGGAACUGAUUCGCAGUUUUGUCCGCCUGGAGAAAGCUUUGAUGGAGGACAAGGAGAGCUCAAAGAGUAAGUCCCGUGGAGCUCAGGAGAAGAACAGUGUUCUGAUGUUCCCUCAGUCGGAGUUGGACAUGUACCUGUCUGCCUGCAAGUUCCUAGACAUGGCCAUCUCAUUCCCUCCGGAACGCAUGCCGCUCUUUCAGAUGUAUCGCUGGGCCUUCGUGCCUGAGGUGGAUAUUGACAGCUACAGUGGACCGGACAACAAUCUGCUGGAGGGGGAACCGGAGUGUAAACCACAUAUCAGCAGAGUACUGGAGGGACUGCAGCGACGCUAUGGGGAGUUGAAUGGUGUAGUGGGGGAGUCGUGCACGGAGCGGUUGGAGUUUCCUCUGCUGACCCUGCGCUCCUUGACCUCCAUCACCCAGCUCCACCCCUUCCUCCACACCGUCAGCUGCUCCUUCAGCGGUCGCCCCGGCGACGACCCCUGGCCCGUGGCCGAGUACCCCGCCCGCAGCUCGGAGGGGGUGCUGAGGCGCCUGGAGCACAUCAGUGAGGGGGAGUUCCUCAGCAACAUGGAGGGAUAGAGACG